CAAACAAAUAAAUACCACCCUAAGCCAAAACCCGUCUUCACGCCCAUCAUUUUUGCUGCUGAAUGACUUGAUCCAGGGACGGGUGGCUUCUCCUCCCCCUUUCGUUCGAAAACCCUCAACAAAUCGAAUCCCCCUUUCUUCCUUCUUCAGAUGACGAAACCUUCUUGCUCCCAAUUCGUCUGAGGAGAUGGAGGUGAACGGGAGCGGCGGGUGCCCGGCAAUGGCGUUCCGGUACAACGGGACGCUGUGCGCGUGCAACCCGGGGCGAUACCUGGUGAAAGGGAGCUGCGCGCUGUUCGAGACGGGCGGCGACUGGAUGGUCAGCUCCGGGGUGUCGCCCGCGCCCACCUUCCUCACCACCGUCCUCCCCAUCGACGACAUCAAGCGCUUCACGCAGUCGCAGGCCGUGCUGCUGGAGGCCACCCUCGUGCUCCUCCUCGUCUGGCUCGCCUUCUGCCUCGCGCUGCGCUUCACCAGGGUCGAUAACGGCCGCAGCUUCUGGUUCCGACUCCGCUGGUGGAUCAGCCGCUUCGACACGUUCUACGAUACCAAACAUUGGCUGGAUGACAACAAGGUGGUGAUAAAAAGGAAAACAGAACUGGGUGGAACAUUUUCUGUAGCAAGCUGGAUACUCUUCGUUGGUCUGUUGUCUGCGUUGCUGUAUCAGAUUAUUACUAAGUGGAGCAUCGAAGUGCAUCGAGUCAGACCUGCAAAUGCCCCAGAUCUACUUUCGUUUGUCAAUGACUUGGAAUUUAAUAUAACCACUAUUUCUAGCAUGAGCUGUUCUCAUUUACGUGGCCUUGAUUCCCUGGUGAUUGGAACUGUUGGCUCUAUUGACUACAGAGUUUAUCCUUUGUCAACGUAUGUAGAAUAUAAUUGCCAAAACACAAGCAGUGGUCCUACUAUAUCUCUUAAAUGCAACAGUUGUCAGAUUCCUCGAAGAAAUCAUUAUAUUUCAUGGCAGUUUGUUGACCUCCCAAAUGAUCCUGCCAUUGCUGUAGGUUUCCGGUUCAACCUUUCAGCAAAGGACCAUGCUGAUGGUAAGCAUGUUAGCUUUGUCACUGGUACAAUGAUAUCAGAUACAUACACAAAUGAUGAGCCCAAAACCUUCAGAGGGUCAGAUGUGAAUGUUUUGAGGAUCCAUUUGUUUCCUCAGGUGUAUAACAAUUUGAACAACUUAAAACUCAUACAGCCUCUCUUUCAUGACUUUAUCUCUGGAUCAUCUUUUUCUGAAGCUAGUGAUCUCCAAGCUUCCCUUCAAGGUUCGAAGAAUGGUUUAGUCAAUACUACACUGUUCAUCAGUUAUCUUUCUGAUUAUAUUGUGGAGAUCAACAAGGAAAAUAUGAUGGGAAUUGUGGGCUUCCUUGCGGAUGUUGGAGGUCUUUAUGCUAUUAGCCUUGCAAUUUUUCUUUUCUUCUUGGUCCAGUUUGAGGCUAGAAUUAUUAAACUUCGCCAUGAAGAUACUGCAAUGAGAAAUAUUGUUGGACAAAAACAUGCACAGAAGAAUUAGGAUAAGGUAUACACACAGAUUAGAGUUGCUGAUUUAUAUCUUCAGCAUACUGCAUACCUAACAUUUGUUUUACACUAAACCAGCUGAGGAAAUAUGUUAUGUACACAUGGGGUCCAAACAACUUGAUGGAUGACAACAAAUCUAAAAGGCAUGGAAGUUUGAUGAUUAAUUUUAUCCAUGGAAUUCAAACACUACACAGGAAAAAACAGCCAAGGAGAAAUAAUUCAAGAUGCCCCAACACUGCAAAAGGAACUUCUCCACAUUUGGAGAGUAAACAGAUGUUGAAUCAGGUGUUUGGUUAACCCAAUGUUUGUCCAAGAUUGAUGGUCACAAAAAUGCUCACACAAGUUGGUGAUGACCUGGUAGUCUUUAGUUUUGCCGCAUCUUUGAUGCCCCCUAGUUUGGUAUUUCAGUAUCUGGAAUGGGAGGCAUGUGUGAGGAAACAUCCACCAACAGGCUUUCAGCGAGGCACACUAUAUUGUUCCUAGUCAUUGUUCUGUCUAUAUAUACAUGCAAACCAGUAUAAAUCUGAAGGAUGAUGUGGCCCUCCAAAGUUGCUACUGGUGUUGGUAUAAGAUGUUUCUAGAAAAAAGGGUUUAACUCAUUCAAUUAAUUCAUUCUGCUUUUAGUGCAAUGUUGUAUAUUCAUAGGAACCGAAUGUAUCACAAGAAUUCAUAAUUUUCAUUUGUGCAUUAUGUAUCUGCUGUAGCUAUUAAUUUGUCGUGUGAUUAGAGUUAUAUCAAUAUGAAUAUUUCUUAGGCUUGGAUGCGCUAUGCCUAAUUGCUUGGUAAUAAAAUGACAUUUGUGA